CUCGUUAGUCUCGCGCGAGCCGAUGUUGUAGUGUCAAUAGAACUCGCACUUACCAUCGUUCCGUAAUCUUAUUUUGUGUUUUGGUGAUAACUUCGUAGUGUUUUUUUUUUUUUUUAAUUUGUGGAGAUAGCAACUGAUUUGAGGAGUAGGCAGAAAGCAUCGCUGGUUCGCGAUGUUGCGAUGAAUUCGCCGCUCCCGUCAAGUCCACGUUCCCGCAGCCAGGCAGGGGGCCGGCGCGUCGGCGGCCGCUCAGCACUGCACUCGGAUUGCCCGCCGGAACCGGAGGACUCGCCCGGCCUGGGACAGAGAUCGCUUUCUUUGACCACGCUACAGCCGACUAUCAUCCAGCCCAGGAUGGCCCAACUCGAAACGCUCGAAGCCAAGAUGGCCAGCAUUGAGGUGUCCCUUUCGAGCACACCAAGACGCAAAAAGAACGGCAGCUUGGGCGGAAUCAACUCGUCGAUUCGGUCCAUACCGAAGGAGAUCGCCGCCAAAGAGCUGGAGACGUUGAGGAAUGCGCUUAGGGAUAAGGAGAAUAUUAUACAGAGUUUGAAGGGACAGCUGACGAUUCCGGGGUUGAGGUUGUCGUCGAUUAGGAACUCGAGUAAUGGGAGUAGUAAUAGGGAUUUAACGGAGGUGGAGAAGAAGCAGGCUGAAGAGAGAUUGAGUAGGCUGAAGACGGAUGUGGAUAACAAGAGGUUGGCGAUUAAGAAUUUGAAGAUGGCUUUGGAACGGCUGGAUAUCACUGACAACAUCGACGUUCGGAUCCAGCAAGCCGAAUUGGAAUACCAGCUAGGCCGCGAAGAGCUCAAUUUGUUAACAUUGCUGGAGGAAACGCGCGCUCUCCAAUUAUGUCUAGAUGAAUCGAAUAAAAACUCGUCGGAAUCUCAUACUUUGUACAGCUGCGUCAACGGCAGCGUCCACGUGAUACUCUUGGGCGUGGAGGUCGAGUACGACCCCAAGAGCCCGAAAUUCGGCGCCAGCCAGAAGGACAACUUGACGGGCCUUUGGGUGGACUGGGCGUUGGAAGAAACGGGGCUGUGUAAGGGAGACAGAUUAGUCGAAGUCAACGGGAAAAUUGUCUUAACGAAGAACCGAGACGACUUAAGCCGACUACUUGCCGCUGCUCCAGAUCCCGCCCAAAUCGUGAUCCUGCGGAAAUUAUCAGAAAAUGGUACCAACAUCUCGUUGGGUACCACCAACAAAGAAGUGGCGUCGCUUCGAUGCGAACUGGAGGCUGUGCGGGAAAGGGCCGAAGAAGCCCAGAAGACGAAGGAAGGGCUGAUUUCGGACAACAUUCGACUGACGCAUCGAAUUUCCUACUUGGAGGAACAGGUUUCCGAACUCCUGUGCCGCAACAAAUCCGACCAAGAUCUCCGCGUUCUUGCCAAAACUCCUGUGAUUUCAACAGUCAAAACAAACCAAAACGUGACCAACAUUAACAUAACUACGCAACCGACUGUGUCCACGAACCCCCAAAAUCCCAAAGAAGUCCAAGUCUUUCAAAAAGGUCCUCAAGUGACAGCACUAGUAGCAAACAUCCCCGGUUUGGAAUCGUCCAAAGACACACACUCUUCGCUUCCUGUCAGAUCCAAAAGUAGUCUUUCUAACGUUUCAAAUACUCAUAUCGUAGCACCAAGUCCGCAACCUCCUGAAGGCUACCACUGCCACAAAGGUCACAGACACAAGCACAGAUCGCGGCAUGGGUUACAGACUUGUACUAGUACCCAGAAUUUGGACGAAAAGGUGACUUAUCGGAAACACAGUCACCAUCAUCACCACAGAGAAAAGGACUACAACUCUGAAACUAACUCCGCGAUUGAACACGUGACUAGAUAUAACAAACGAAACACGGAAAAUGGGCACAGAUACUCGAACACUAACGAGAAUCAUCGAUAUUCAACAAACUCUGAAAAAGACUUUGGUUCAGAUAUCAUGGACCAGAGUUACAAGAAAGCAACGAAAAUCGUCCACGAACUCACUCGAACUAAUCGAGACAGUCUGUAUGAAAAACACAGACAAAAGUGCAUUACUGCGUCCGAAAAAUACAACUCUGAUAUUUUAAAACACUACAACGCUCGUAAAUCUACUUCAGUUCUAGAUUUUCGUUCGGAAAUACACAUUGGUCCGAAAUACUCCGACUCAAAAAGUGUCGAGGAAUUAGACACAAAUUCGAACAACGAUAAACGCGUCUAUAAAAAAAUACAAGACAGUCGGAGUGUUAAGUCCUUAGAUUUUGAUAGCGACUGUAACUCCACGACUAGUUACAAAACGAAGAGUAUCGACUAUACUUCGGAACCGAUCGAGAAUAAUCGGAAGUUGGCGGGUUACACCGGGUACUAUUCGGAGGUGAAGCCGAGACCGACUCCGCCCAAAAAACCGAUUCGGUUGUCUUUGCAUAAGACACAGAGUCUACAGUCGGUGGAAACCCCUUCGACUACGCCGAGUAGUUCCCCACAGAAGAAUGAGUCAAGGAAGAGGAACCACAAGGGGGAAACCCCGAGCAAUUUGGAAACAAAUGGGAUUAAUGGGUGUCACGAGACUGCCAAGUGGAUGAGUUAUGGGCAGAAAUUGCUCGAAAAUGGGGUGGAUAGCGGGAGUUGGUGCUGAAAAUGGAAGUUUAAUGUAGUGAUUUUUAAAAGUGUAACCGUAGAUAGGAAAUUGUGUACAAAAGUAGGAUUUUAUUUUGCGUUCGUAAUUUAAUGUAAUGU